ACUAUUUUCCUUUUCCUAUCACUAGAUAGCCAAGUUUUUCCACAGCUUCCCAUCACAGGAAUGCCAGACGUAAACAUUGGGACCAAAGUUGAAAAGGUUACCGACAUGGGCAAGGAGAGUGAGUCCGAGAGCUCAGCCACCGGUGUCUCAAAUGAGCAAGUGCUUGAGCAAACGCAGGCUCGUAUUAGAAAAUCAAAGGAACUGAACAAAGGUUUGAAGAGAACAGAGGACAAGCAGAGUCUUCCUGUAUAUACAAAGGAUAGCUUUUUGCAAUCAUUCAACAACAUGGUCAGAGCUUUGAUUUCACCGCAAGAUGAAGAGGUAAGAAAGAGGUGGUUCAAAAAUGACAACGAGAGCACAUUGGAACUAGCCUUCUUUUACUUCUAUCGUUCGAUUUUGACCAUCUUCUAUUUGAUAUAUUCGAUAUAUGCAUUGUUCGAAUAUGCCAUCAAUAGAGGUAAGCUCAGAUUUUUGAGUAUCGCAUAUAGGUCAAACGAUGACCCUAGCGUGAUCAAUGCUGACAUAAACAAGUUGCCAAAGAUUCCUCAGAAACUCUCUGUUAUUCUCAAUUACAAAAGUGAGCAGGAAGAAGGUGGGGGAAUUGACGGAUUAUGCAACGACGGAGCCUCAAUUGCAGCGUGGUGCGUUUCGAGCGGCAUUCCGAGUAUCUCAAUCUACGAAGUUAACGGCGUGUUAAAGAAGUCGGUCUCUGAAUUGAGCAGGGCUAUUUUUGAGAAAUUUGAAUCAUACUUUGGAACCGAAAACAUUCCAAACUUCUUGAUCAAGAUCCCACACCUCAACUUAUCGUACUCUGGCAUCGACGGUGUGUUGAUUGACAACAGCGUUAAGGGCACCGGCAGAGACAAGGAUGAUUUUGCAGAAUACGACAUCGAGAUCUCUUUGAUCAGUAAGGUUGACGGACGCUCCACCAUUGUUGAACUGACCAAAGUGAUGGCACAAUUGGCCAAGAAUGGGGAGUUGAAGAAGAGCGACAUCACCAUCAAGUUCUUAGACCACGAGUUAAGACAGCUUAUUGGCGAGGAGCCCGACUUGAUCAUCCUGUUCCAGCCAUACUUGGACUUGCAGGGCUAUCCACCAUGGCACAUCCGUUUGUCCGAGAUGUACUGGGAGCCAGACAACGACAGCGUGUCCUACGUUAUUUUCCUAAGAGCUUUGCAGAAAUAUUCUACUUGCAAAGUGAAUGUCGGCAGGUAGCUUCCGACCCUCCUUCUUUCUUCCUUUCUUCCUUUCUUUGCUUAAUAAUGAAACAUAUAUAGAAUCUGGCCGCCACCUUGUGGCCGGGCUAGUGCAUCAAUCAACCAUUCCACCACUCAUUGCUUGAAUCUGUCUUUCUACGCCGAUCGGCGGCGUCGCGUAUUUCCACCCUAAGCCGCCGAAUAUGGCAAGUGUAACGUGUCGUGUCGGGCAGCUUAGCAUUGUUUUGCCCCUUCGCGGGAGAGCUAAAUGUUGCUGGUAAUACGUGGCCGUGGCGACUCUGCCUCCGAUUUGGAGGUAUUGCGAGAGAAGUGAGCGGUCUGCUGCUGUUGUUGCAAGAAUGGCCGUAGUUGUUACUUGGUUAUUUGUUUGCUUUGGGAGGGUGUAUCUGUUGCUUGUUUCCUUCCAGGUUGUGUUUCUGUGUAGACAUAUAAUUACCGAGUGUUAUUAUUG